UGGGCGGAGGCUGGGCGGGGGCGGCUUCGUCAUUGUGGUUACCUGUGAAGUUUCGUGGAUUGUGGCGGCAGUGCGCUGUGAUCCGUCCCCUGCUGCUCCUCGCCUCCACUGCUCCUCCUCCUCCUGCUGCGACGCGUCCUCCUGCUGGGAAGUGAGAGGAACCAUUGCGAAGGAAGCCUCUGGAGUGACGCCGAAGGACACAACACUUGAAGAAGGACCUAUAAUCGACACGCGAGCACAUGAAGACUUCUCAAGGACUCUAAGGGCGGAGCUUAAAACAUCUGUAACAUCCUAUAACACCUUGAAGGACGUUAGAGGAUCCUGAAACUCCUUAAGAACCCCUCGAAAAGUCCUAGAGUUCAUAAAGAGCUUGAAGGAUCCUAAAGCCCCUUGAGGACGUUGAAGGAUCCUGAACCAUUGAAAGAAGACCUCAGAGGAACGUUACUGCCAUAGGAGACUUGAGGUUCCCUGCUAGUUUCCCUUUGUUGUCCGUACGAGAACUCCAGCCAUGAACUCCGUGGUGGUGAUGGUGGUGGUGGUGGUGGUGGGACUUCUGGCAAACGAAGGUGUACAGGGCCGGCGGUGCUUUUCCUGCAAUGACUGUGCCUCCGUGGACUUGCAGGAGAACACCGAGUACUGCGCCGCCUCCUGCCUCGCCAUAGUGACCUGCAACGGCAAGGGCGAGACACCCUCCGUGGACCGCUUCUGCAGCAUCACCAACCACGACAAUGAAUGCGUUGCCACCUCCUCCUCUUCCUCCUCCUCCACGUACGAGUGCUACUGCAACAACGACCACUGUGACGCCCUCCUCGCAGACCCUGACUUGUGUGACGCCGCCGCCAGCACCGCCGCCUCCCUCGCCCUCGUCGUCGCCGCCGCCGCCCUGCUGUCGGGGCUGUCCCUGGCGGGGUGAUGUAGUGCGUAUGUGUGUCGGGGGGUUGAGGGUUGGCUGUGAGGAGCCGCGUGUCUUUACGCUAUAUUUGUUUAGGCCUAUAUGACGUGAAGCAUCUCAGAUCAGUUUUUAAUACGUGAGACAGUGUCGAUUGCUUUUUAUUUUUAUUUUACCUUAACACACACACACACACACACACACACACACACACACACACACACACACACACACUCACUGAUCACGAUCUUAUUGGUUAAUUAAAAAGACAACUGGCAAGUGCUUUAACCAUUUACUCUUAACAGCGAAUCCCUUCAUGCUGGACACACUUAAGCUUCACAAUCCUCUACACUAAAAUUUCAUCGACCAUAAGAAACCUGUGACACAAUUAGUUACUUCAUAUUUUUAUUUCACGUCAUAAGUAUCUGUUCAGUCUCGGUUGGUUGUCAGUGCAGGCUUCCCUCAUGCAGUAAACACACACUUAUUAUUACCUCAUAACUGUCCAGGUACGAACGCGGGAAAUGCGCGUGAGUUUUCUAUUGUACUUUACGGCAGCAUGUUAAAGAGGCUGCCGCAUGGCGGAGGUGCUGGCUAUAAAGUUUAUUCUAUUACACGGAA